UUAUUACUUUAUAUAAAUAACACAAUGGAAUGUCCAAUUAUAUUUCGCUGUCUCGUCCUCGAGAUCAAAUAGGUAGUAGCGCCUCUACUAUGUGGUCCCACAGAAUAUCCCAAAAAUUCAAAAAUUUUUUACAUGCUGCUCCCUAUCUUGUGCUUACUCUACUCCUUGCCCCUAAACGCCAUCAUUACGUUUUUCUGUGCGGUCCCGAGCAGUCCCGCACGAUAUUUGCUUCCCAAAAAAUAAGAAUUGAAGUCAAAUACACAUAAAUUGAACGUGAAGAAGAGGAUGGCGCAACGCGGACAUCGUAUACGGCGAUAUCACAAACGAAAGGAUGAGUUUGUGGAUGAUUUAAUGGCGAAUGUGCAACGAUUGGAAAGAGAGGUUAAAGGCAAACGACAUCGUCGUCAUCGGCGCAACAGUUCCUACUCCUCAUCAUAUUCAUCAGACGCAUCAGGCCAUUCCAAGCAUCACAGAUCCAGGUAUCGAUACGGCGGUGAGUGUUACCCGAGAGGUACAACACGUCUCAGAUACUCGAGAUCAAGUACGAAUCGAGUUGAUACAGCGGUGAUCAUUUUCCAAGAGAGAUGGCACGCCUGAGACUCAGUACAAGUGGCAAAUCGAGUUGAUACAGCGGUGAUCAUUCUCCAAGAGAGAUGGCACGCCUCAGACUCGCCCGCAAGGAUCUCCACGGACCAACCAACCCCAACGAAGAUGCUGCUCGUCCGGAGACCAGUAAGACACACGAAUCACAGAGCAACAUUCAAACUCGACUGAGUACAGUUACGGCAGCACUGGGCACGGGGCUCAUGUGGGCCAUCAAGGCUAAGGGAGCCAAUGAGAAGCCAGUCAUCGAUGUCAAUUAUACGCAAUUGAUUUCAGCACUAAACGAUUCCAGUUGGAUUAUUGCUGGAUUACAGCAUCAAAUUUCCAUUUCAAGACGUGCCAUGAUACUGCCAUUGAUGAGUCCUCUUGUUAGAAGGGCUGUUGGGAAAAAAUAAUAAAGUGGAUGGUCUACUUUUUGGAGAAGAAGAGGACAGAGUCUUCUUUGAAUACCACUUGUGGUAUGGAUCACAAUGCUCUCAAGUCCAGAGCACAACAGAUCAUAAAUCAGUCCCUUUUCUGGAAACAUAUGAUAAACCUUGUCGAGUGAUUUUUGAAGAGAAUAGAAGAACUGUGUUCUAAUUUUCCAACACUCUCGAACAUUGUAAGGAAGAAGUCGUCGCUUCUAACCUAUUGUCGUUUCGAAAACUUGGUAAAAAUAAACUUAAGAUUUUACACAAGUACAGUAUUCCCUUCAUUUAUUAAAGGCGCAUCCGAUUAAUUUCGCGUGCGCGACAUAUACACGAAUUCACCGAGUGAGUGCGAUCUUCGUGGCAUAUGUUUACACGCUUCAGAACAUGGUCCUUCGAGCCGGAUAAAGCAAAUAAAAAGUAAAAUCUGAAGUACAAUUCACCAAGUAUACGUCCAGCGGCGCCACGAAAAGUAAAGUUAUACGCAAAUCGUCAUUGUGAAUUCAAAACAAGUGAAUUCCUUAUACGUCUGUGACAUCGAGAGGAAAAUACGCAACCAUCCAACACGCAAAUUCAACUGCCGUUCGAGAAACUCAACUGGGAAGAGAAAAUCGUCGUUUCAACUGGGACCAAUCCACAUCAGGACCACGAGGCCACAGUCAACGCAACUUUCAACGCAGUCAACAGCAAAGCAGCCAGCAGGGCAACGAUACGUCAUAAUCAA